GAAGAAAUAAGAAACCCUAAUUUUGUUACUGCUCUUCUUAUUCAAAGAAAACCCAAUUCAGCCCCAAAUUCGAGCGCUUUAAAUUCAAUUCCGGAAUUAGGAACCCUAGUUAUUCUUUUUAUUUCUGGUGUUUUCGAAAGAGAUUGCAAAACGCACAUAGAUUUUGAAGAUGAUCGUGAGCCAGAAGAUGGUAGCGGAAGCGGAAAUUAUAUGUCAGCAGAGCAUUCCCAUGUUGGACGUGAAGUAUCACCUUUGCGUGGAACAAGAACACAACGUCAAGGUUGAGGUUUCACCCACCUCACCCUCUCCUUCUUUCCCGAUCUUUGGCCAAGCUGCGAGUUGCUCUGAGAUCAUUAAAGAUUCCCUUUUGGAGACCCCUGCAAUUAAGUUUAUCCCGAAUGUGCGUUCUGGUAGCUAUGCUGCAAUUGGACCGCGAGAAUCUAUGGAUGAUGAACACAUUCGUAUAGAUGAUUUAGCUGCCAACCUUGGUUUUGUGUUCAAAUACCCAAUGCCAAGUGCAUUUUAUGCCGUUUUUGAUGGGCAUGGGGGACCUGAUGCAGCCUCUUUUGUUAAGAGGAAUGCUAUGAGAUUAUUUUUUGAAGAUGCUGACUUGCUGCAAUCAUAUGAUACUGAUGCAUUUUUUCUAAAGAAAUUGGAGGAGUCUCAUCGGAGAGCUUUUUUACGGGCAGACCUUGCCUUGGCUGAUGAACAAGAUAUUAGUAGUUCAUGUGGCACUACAGCAUUGACUGCUCUUGUACUCGGAAGGCAUUUGCUGGUUGCCAAUGCUGGUGACUGUCGAGCAGUCCUUUGCAGGAGAGGUACAGCUGUUAAUAUGUCUCAAGAUCACAGGCCAAGUUAUUUACCAGAACGCAAGAGAGUGGAGGAGUUAGGUGGCUUCAUUGAUGAUGAAUAUCUCAAUGGUUAUCUUUCAGUAACUCGUGCCCUUGGGGAUUGGGACAUGAAAUUUCCACUUGGUGCUGCAUCACCCCUUAUUGCUGAGCCAGAUGUUCAACUGAUUACAUUGACAGAGGAUGAUGAGUUCUUAAUCAUUGGGUGUGAUGGGAUUUGGGAUGUAAUGUCUAGCCAAGUAGCAGUUAGCCUUGUUCGGCGUGGAUUAAGAAGGCAUGAUGACCCACAGCAAUGUGCCAGAGAACUAGUCAAGGAAGCCUUGCGCCUGAAUACAUCGGAUAACCUUACUGCGAUUGUCAUAUGCUUGUCCCCCAUUGAAAACAUUGUUGAUUCAUGUCCGCCCCAAAGGCGAAGAUUCAAAGCCUGCAGUCUGUCUGAAGAGGCCCGUAAUAGAUUGAAGAGCUUGAUAGAGGGAAAUUGACUGUAAAUGCAAUUCUUGAGAUUCAUAAAAGUUCCUUUCAUUAAAAGAUUAAUCUGUUUUUUGGGCUGUUUCAGAUAGUUAGAAAAAGAAGCCAGCAGUUUUGUAGGGAUAGAAAGGGAUAUUAGGUGAGAGGUAGAGAGGGUUUAGACCUAUUUAAUUGGGAGGUGUAUUUCUGGGCUAUGUUUUGGUAUAUUGUAGAGACAAUUUUAGCUAAUUUUGGCGGAGUAGAUACACAGCCCCCCCAUGGUGGGUUUUGAUUUUAUGUUGGUUUUGAUUUUAUGUUGCUUUAGACUUCUCGGCAAUUCUCUGGGGGUGGCUGCAUGCCUCCAG